AUGAACUCUGCCAUCCGGGCCGUCGUCCGCACCGGGUUGUUCGUCAACUGCCGCGUCUUCUACGUGUACGACGGGUUCCGCGGGCUUGUCGACAAUCGCGUACAGGAAGCCACCUGGGAGAGCGCGACGAGUUUGAUCCAGAAGGGCGGCUCGGUGCUCGGUGUGGCGCCCUGCGACGAGUUCAAGACGCGCGAAGGAAGGCUAAAGGGCGCAAAAACCCUGGUCCUCCACGGCAUCAACAAUCUGAUCGUCAUCGGCGGCGGCGGGUCGAUGGAGGCGCUGCAGACGUUCAAGCAAGAAUGGCGCUCCCUUGUGCAAGAGCUGGUGAGCAAGGGCCUGGUGCCCGACAACAUGGGCAGGCCGCUGCAGGACCUGGGCGUUUGUGGAAUUCCGUGCGCCGUCACCAACGACAUCUGGGGCACGGAGAUGACGCUCGGGGCCGACUCGGCGUUGACACGCGUCAUCGACUCGGUCGACCACGUCGAGGCGUCGCUCAACUCGUCGCAGCGUGUCUUCAUCGUUGAGGUACUCGGCAAGCACUGCGGCUUCUUGGCGAUGACGGCCGGGUUGGCGGUGGAGGCCGACUUUGUGUUUGUGCCCGAGUGGCCGCCCGUGACGGAAUGGCGCGAGGCGCUCACCGACAAGCUGCAACGCAUGGCACUGACCCUUGAAUGGGGCGAUGUGAUCGGCUGGGUGUCGGAGGGUGGGUCGGCGUUGGGCACGUCUCGGCAGCUCGUCUCCGACCCGGACCGCCUCGCCGCCCACGUGCUCCUCCACAACAUCCGCGGCAUCGCCAUCAUUGGUGGAUUUGAGGCCUUCCAAUCGGCGCUGAUGAUCCGCGACUGGCGCGACGAGUACGACUCUUUCCGCAUUCCGAUCGUCGUCGUCCCGGCUACCAUCUCCAUCCCGUCCGUUGCAGCGUCCCGCUUCGGGGCCAAGGCGUUCGAGCGGAUGUUCUCCCAUUCCCGCCGCAACACCGCCGACAUCGAGCUGCUCGGCGUCCGUUUCGGCGACCAGGCGUACGCUGACGUCGGCAUGCUGGAGACGUUGGCCUGCUUUGUCCACACCAACGUCCGCAACCCUUGGUGGCUGACCACCCACGGCUUGAUGCGCGUGCUCGCCACCCAGGAGAAGUACAUGGCCGAGGCAAUCCCUCCGGAGCGCAGCUGCAACGCGAAGAACUACCAGACGUCGGCCGGCCAGCAGCCCGAGUUCAUCGGCCGC